UCCUCGGGCACAGUCCCCAGGGUGCGGCUGCUCUAGGAGGGACCAGGGCUGCGGCUGGCAGACUCCGGGGUCACCGGAGUCGCUGAGCCUCCAGACUGAUCAUAGCACAUCCCUGCAUCUGCAGGACGCCUAGGGUUCCUGAGAACCCGGCCCUAGGCCUCACCGCUCCCACAGCACUGAGUCAGGGUCACGGGCUGGCUCACACCUCCUGGUGCAGUGCUACCGAGCACUGCAAAGUAAAUACACCCACAGCUCACCACGAAACAGCCCUUGCUUCCUCUCCAGCCCCAGGAACUGCCUCCUCAAACUCAAGCUCCAAACUCUGUAGCCACGAACAGUGUCCCUGGUCCCACAUCCAGUCUGCCAGCCAUCUCCCUGGCCCCGCACCCCCCCACGCUCCACCAGGCCUCUGGCCUGCACACUGUGGCUCCCUGGUCACCGCAGUCCCGUGCCCACACCUCAGCAGCAGGAAAUGCGCGCGUCACUGCCCCCUGGGACCUCCCCAUCCUCCUCUGCGAAGCCGGCCCGUCGGUCAGGACGUGCCCUUCGGCUGACCACCAGCUACACCUCUGACAUACCGAGGCCCCCGGCCCACCCCUGUCGCUGUCUGAGAGCCAGCAGCAGCCAGGCCUUCUCCAGCCCACCCCCACCGCCAGCACAGCCGUAUGGGCAGGGGUCUGGCCAUACCAACGGGCCAGGUCUGCCUCUGCUGGGUGCUGAGCCCCUGCAGCCAAGGUCAGGGGGCCCCCCCGGGCACGCAGGGCUUCACAGCGCCUGCAGCAGGACCACACGCCAGAGUCAGCCUCACGCCACGGUGUCCUCUCAACUCCUCAGAAACCAAAAGGUGUACAUGUGCCAGAUAAAAGCCAUGAUAAAAGGCAUGAGUGCGUCACGAAGACUCUUCCCCACCCAUGACACAGGAGCGCCAGAAGUCCACGACUAUGCACCGGUCAGGGGCUCAGCACAGGUUCCCUGAGGGCCAGGCCUGUGCUCUU